GGGAGGCGCCCGAGGCGUGUGCUCCCAAGUCCCAGGGCACCGGUGGUCGGCUGGCUGCGGGUGGACAGCCCAGGCCGGGGCAGGGAGCAGCGAGACAGCCGGUGGGACCCAGGAAGUCCAGUCUCUGACAUCAGGGAUACGAGCGGGCUGCGGGAAGACCUCAGCUAUGCGCAGCCCGGCCCGCCGGAGGGCAGGGAACGCGGAGAGCGCUUCCUUCCCCGGCUGGAGCCGCAGGUAGGCACCGCGCGCCUGGGCACUCGGUGACCCCACCGUCCACCGUCCGCGCGCGCGCGUGGGGGGCCCGGCCGCCUCAGGAAGCCGGCGCGGGCGAGCGGAACCCAGACAACGUCCUGGCACCCAGGUCGCCCUCACCCCGAGCGGCGCCCGGUAGAUCCUGGGGGGGGCCCACGCUUGCAGGAAGCCCUCCGGCCCGACCCAAAGGAGUCCCAAAGGCUGGGGAAGGCUGAGGAAGUCUGGGGCCUGCAAACAGCUAGUCAUUCUCUUCAAGCUUCACCUGAGGGCUCAGCAAGCCUCCAGACAGGGACUGAUGCUCCACUGUUACCCUUCUGCAUCCUGUCCCUGGGUGCGAGAGUCUGGAAUUCAGCAACAGACCAGCAGUCAAGCCACAAGUGCUAUUGGUGGCAUGCCCAAACCCCAAAUAUAAAGAGGAAUAAAUUCUGAGGCCAAGGCAACAAGGCUUGCUACAGAGCUGAGAACCCUCUAGCCCCACAAGCACCAUGAAGAAACUCCGUUCCUUCUUCAUUGCUAUCUGGGACACCAUUCUGACCAAACACCAAGAGGGCAUCUUCAACACCAUCUGCCUGGCUGUGCUCCUGGCUCUGCCACUCCUGGUGAUCCUCACACUCCUUUUCAUCUGUUGUCACUGCUGCUGGAGCCAGCCAAGCAAGAGUAGUCAACAGCCAGAGCGAAACAAAAGGAAGAAGAAGAAGAAGAAGAAAGAUGAGGAAGAUCUCUGGAUCUCUGCUCAGCCCAAGCUUCUUCAGAUGGAGAAGAGGCCAUCACUGCCUAUCUAAUGAAGUGGGAAGAAGCAUCCUCCUCCUGUGGCCAAGCUACCUUCCAACCACACAGAGACUAGGGAGAAGGAAUCCCAGAAUAGACAUACUCCCUCCCACUGACUACUCACCCAAAGAACCAAUCUCAGACUCGAGGGUCCAAAUGGAGAGGUGCACAUGAUCAAUCCCUGCACUGUCUUGGCAGCUAUGCAUCCAAUAGCAAUGCUCUGCUACAUAUCCAGGUGUGUGUUGCCCUUUUCUCUGGCCUACUCCAUGCACAAAAGCACAAAGUGCUGACCCAUGCAUCUUACAUGACUAUCAAAUAUACACACCUACCCAUCACACAUAUGCAAAAAUUCAGACAACAGGCACAUGGGCAGGUUCACCAAAUGGCCUUCGAAUAUAUACUUUAAGAAAAGUAGUAUAUUAAACACACUUGAAGAAAUGAGAAGGCAUGGCCCAAUCUAGACACAGAGACACAAUUCUGUAGCAAGGUGAGACCCCUAUGCACUCUCUAUACCAAAUGCCACUUUGCCGCCUGCACAUGUGUGCUUUUCUGUUCUUACACCUACAUAGUCUUUUACUGGAAAUACAUUAAGGCAUUCCAGAAAUCCAUAGAGUCCCUACUCUGGCAUAUACUGAUACAAGCACACCAAAUUCCUGUGUUUCUGACCUCUUACCUUUGCCUGAAAGUUUAAAAUAAGAUAGAUGGAAAUUCAUUGACAGCUCUUUGCCUGCAUCUCACGACAAGGUUCUCAUUUCCACUGACAGGUGUUUAAUGGGGUCUGAGAUCUCUCUGGGAUGCUACAUCCUAACCACUCAACAAGAUGUCCUUUUCCAAGCAUGAACAAACAGCAGUGACUGCUAAAAA